AUUUAUAUUAAUAUUAAAUAUAUCAUUACAAUCAAUUCAAUGUAUUGAAAUUCCAGUAAAUGAAAUUAAGUAAGACAUAAAAGAUUUGAUAAAAAUUAUAAAUAAAUUCAAUUAAUAAAAAAAAUAAUUGUUAUAUAUUUACAUCUAUUGUGUAGUUCUUAUAUUAAAGGAAAUUUAUCAUGUCCAUUACCAUUAACAAGUUUGGAUUUUAUUUAUAAUUUUUCACAACUCAAUUUAGAAAUUGUGUUGGCCUUAUGUAUAUAUGACUUUGCGAAGUUCGUUUUUAUUGGUUAUCAUUACAACCAUUUAUUAAAUUUGUGCGUUUUUUACUUAGCUACAUAACACCAUUUAUUAUAAUAUUUGGUGUAUUAUUAAACAUUAUUCUUUUGUAAUGUUAAAUACACCUAUACUUUGUGAAUCAAACUUGUCGCUUUAUUUAAAAGCACUUGCAUUAUCUGAUAAUGGAGCAUUAAUAUUUAAUUAUGCUGUGGGUAUUGCAAAGUCACAUUUUAUAUUUGUUAAUAAUCUUUUUAUGAACAGUAGAUUUCUAUAAAGCUUAAAUUCUGUUACUAUGGAAUUCUUUCAAUUUACCUCAACUUGGUUGGUUGUAGUUCUCACAUGGACACGAGUAUUUGCUAUUAUAUUUCCUCUUGAAAUAUAUGGUCAUUAUAAUAAUUGUUCUAAAAUAAUAAUUAUUAUUAUUUUGAUAUGUAUCAGUUUUAUAAUAUCAUUAACAAAGUUAUAUUCAGGAGGCUAUGAAACAGAUAGUGUUUUUGAAUUUAUACCAUGUCAAAAAAAAAUAAAACCAUGGGGUAGUGCUAUGUAUUUUUAUGCAUUAUCUACUUGGUUGCCAGUACUUUUUAUAUUUAUUGGAAAUAUUUUAUUAAUUAUACAUAUGAAAAAAACUGAAAAAAUCCAUUGUCAGUUAACUCAAAAUUUCAGAUAUAAAAUAAAUAGAAUGCAUCAUACUUCUAAAACAUUAUUUGUAGUAUCAACUAUUUAUUUAGUGUUACUAUUACCCCUUGGUAUAGUUGAAACUUUAGAACUUUAUUGGGAUGUUGUAUUAAUUAAAUUUCUUGAUACUGAAAUAAAGAAAAAGACAGAAUAUAUAUAUUGGUUAAAAGAAAAAAUAUUAUUGAAAUGGUGUUGUGGUUUAUGCUUUCAUCAUUGGAAUUUUGCAAUUAAUUUCUUUUUGUAUUAUCUCACAGAUAAAAAAUUAAAUAUUAUUAUACAGACAGUAAAGCACUUUAAAAUUAUAAUUUUUUCCAUCUUUUCUAAAACUUAAUGAAUAUUCUAUCUCUAGCCUUAUUUUUCUGAAAAAUGAUAGCGCUAUUAUCGAAAAUAUUUAUGAACAGAAUUUAUAAAAAUUAUUAACAUUAAACAUCGCAAAGUUUUUAUG